CAGACUGAAUAGUACGAUUCGCCAUUUACUUUUUAGCAUACAAAAUAAAAACCGGUUGCUGGUAUGUGUGGUUUAUUAAAAAUCUGCUCAGCUCGUAAUAUUGAGUGCUGGAAUUGUUAUACACUCUGGAUUUUGGAAUAAAUUUACAGGGAGAAAGGGGUGUAAAAGUCCAAUCAAACAUGUAGCAUGUGUACACGAACUAUCUGUGGAAAUUAUGGCUAUUUUUGGAAUGUACUUUCAAACGCAGUGUACGGAAUUGUCUGUUAUUCCAUGUAUCGGUAAAUAAUGUGAUAUACGAAAUACGGUCAUCUGCAUGUAUUUGUCAAUGAGGGAAUGCCUUAUGAAUUCCAUGCGGAAACGUUAGGUUUAAAUGCUUUCCGUCACCGGAUGAACACAGAUAUUUCGACGACGACUUCAAAGCAAGCACAGACAGGGAAAUUUAGUGUUGAGCAUUGACAUAACGGAAACUUUCUUUGAAUAAAUGGAAAAUGAGUCUUGAUGAAUUAAGCGCUAAAUGCUCAAACAGAUGAGUAACGAUUAAAACCGAAAGAAAAUGCACUUCUUUUAUUUAGGUUACUUUAUUACUAAAUUCCAUCCAACCUUCACAUCUGUUUAGUUUUUAUCAUACUUUCUUCCGAGUUUAAAAUGGCUUCAUCCGAAAAAGAUCGCUUAUUUUCGGGUUCCACGAACUCGACAACGCGCAUGACAUACGGGGCGGAGUUCGAGCUCGUGGCUUCCGCCUCGCAAUCCACCGUCAACGAACCACCGCCACCCGCAACCUUGAAGCAGCGGAUACGAGACUCGGUAUGGUUCCCCAUAUCGUUCGUCUUCGCCUUCGUGUUCUUCAUCACCGUGGUCGAGCACGGCGUCCGCGUCAACGUCGUGCUCUACACGGAGAAGGUGCUGGAAUCCACGAAAGAUAAUUCGCCCGUCCUGAUAGCAGCCUUCGACGCCAUCGCUCCCUGCUUGCCGUUGAUUGGUGGAUGGCUGGGGGACUCGUGGUUUACAAGGUCAAAGGUCACUGUCACAGGGGCCUUUGUCACAUUCACAGGUAUUCUUCUCCUGACCAUCAAUGUCGCACCUUAUUCAUACGAGGCCGAGGAAAACUUUUCGAUGACGGCAAAACGAGCUCUCUUCGUCGUCGGCUUCACGUUGAUAUUCGUCGGGCUUGCCUUGUAUGACGCAAACGAUUACGUCAUAGCGGCGAGGGAGAUCGAAAGGGAGAGGGAGCCAAACGACAAUAGAAUCAGGAACAUGUUUUGCGUUUUUUACAUAGUAUACUUUUCUGCAGUCACCUCGUCCGAGCUCUUGUUCCGAUUGGUCGACGCUACUUCGUUUUUCUUCGUAUAUUUACUCUUAGCUGCUUCGGUUGUGCUUUCCAUCACCGCAAUGUUGCUUGGGCAAAAAAUUUACACCGAAGAGCAGCGAAAACGGCAUGUCCUGUGGAACCAGUUUCGUAUCAUCUGGGAGGGGGUGAGUCGCAGAAAGGAAGCCCCCGACGUUCCGAAAUGGAUUGACCGAGCCUCAAUCCAUCAUGGCGGCACCUUCUCGGAGGAGGAGGUAUACGAAACGAGUCAUCUUCUGAGGACUAUACCCAUCUUCCACACCGUCACCAUCUUCGUCAUCGUCAACUACUUCAUUGAUAUUACCUACCCUCAGCAGACACUUUUGUUGAAUCCAGCACUCGAUGAUGACAUCACAAUAUCAGAGUUCGUUUACAAACUUUAUCAACCAAUCAUAUCAGUUGUUACAAACGUCGUCGUAUUGUGUGUCCUCUACCCGUGUACCAGCCGCUGGGGGCGGUGUGUCUCUCCUUUCAUUCGAAUAGGUAUUGGAAUACUCUUUGGAAUCCUCUCCGUCAUCUUCGCCGCCAUCGUGGAGACAGGACGCAAGCAGAUGAUGGCGGGAGAGGAUGGCAUCAUGGUAACCAUGGUGAAUAACGUCACUUACAACGCCUCCUCCUUGAGUGUCACGUCUCAGAUACCGCAGUACACGUGUGCAGGGAUCGGAGAAGCUCUCGUACUCACAGCAGGGGUAGAAAUAUCCUACGUUGAGGCACCCUAUAACAUGAAGGGGUUUACGGUCGGUCUCUUCCUGCUCAUGUCCGGUGUUGGUAGCUACAUCCUAGCUCAGCUCAUCAUCGCCGUCGUCAACGGAAUCUCCGGUGCAGCUGGGCAGGAAUGGUACACGGACGACCUCAACGAGGCAAAAUUGGAAUAUUUCUACUGCGUCCUAGUCGCCAUUUUGAUUCUUGACAUUCUCUACGUCUAUUUAGUUACAAGAAAAUACGAACGCGCUGAUUGGGAUGGUUUAAGGACAAAAGUGAGAAUGAACUAUACAAACGAUGACGAUGAUGAUAUCGAUGAGGACGUUGAUGAUGGUGGUGAAGAAAGGGGAGAAAGCGAAACAGGCGAUGAACACGUGACGGAAACAGUUGACGACAUGUCUAAAAGAUGACGUUAAUGGUACUAUAGCCCUACUUCCAGCUCCCUCGGAAUUCCAGUUUUAAUGAUUUUUCGUCCAAACUAAUUUUGGAUUGUAAAUAGCAGAAAAUGUUUAAAGAAAACGGCUGGCAAUAGUGUACUAACCCCAUUCCAAUCUAAACAUGAUUAUAUUCCACGGUUGAUUAUUAUUUAGAGUAUUCAAUUAAACUUUUGUAGGUUUUUAUCGUAAGUUAUUGGUUUUCUUCUAACGUGUAUCACAGCAAUGUGAAGAAGUGAAUCAUGAUAUAUAGGUACACCAUAGAUAUUUAGCACUAAAUUUGAAAAAAUGUACCGGCGGCAAAACCCAAUCUAGCCUACCCCGAGUGCCAAAAUGUACUCCUGGCCCCGGCAGCAAUUGCAGACCUCUAGAGACACUUGAAAAUUGAAUUAUCUUUUAAAAUAGAUACAAAUGAAUCUACAUUGUGAUGAACCCCUUUUUAGUUGUGCCACCCCCCCCCCCCUUCUUCCGUUUAAAGAAUCCUGAAUUAUCCACAUCCACCGAUGGUAUUAUAUACGGAGAAACUGUGGACCACAAAAAAACUGUUUUAGCAAUUAAUGAGAGACAUGUUUACCUUUUGAUUUUUGAAAAUGGCUUUUUCAUUCGAAUUCUUUUGACACUAAAUGUUAUUGUCCUUAGUCCUUUUAAAGUCUAAACAGGGUCCCGUAUUACACAGAGUUGAUAUUAAUUGCAAAAACAAUCGCAAGUAUAUACAUGAAAGAUAGGAGAUGCAAACUUGCGAUUGAUUGGAGGACUUGCGAUUAAUUUGGGAUCAAUCGCAACUCUUUGUAAGACGGGGUCCAGGAAUACAUUUUCAAAAAGUGGAGUACGUGAAAAAAAACGAGUCAACACAUGAACUAUUCCCCAAAUGCUCAACAAUUUUAUUUUCUAAUAGAUUCAUUAGUGUUCGUUAGCAUUUAUCAAUAUGAAGCUACAACAAAAUAUACAAAACAAACACAAACUUAACAAUUAAUUUUGUACUUUUACCAAAAACUUACAGGUUUGUUUUUUCCUUCCCACUCUACCAUCGUCCUCUAUAUGUUCCUUUAAAUGAAAAAUAUAUCUAUUACAUAUAGGUCCCAUCGUAUUUCUCUCAGUUAAAUCAGUACUCUAUAUUGACCACUUAUCUCUAUGUUAUUUAUUAUGUAUUAUUGAUUGUUA